UGGCGAUGAAGGUGAGAAUGGGUCAGAAAAGGGAAGCAAAGCAGCUGUGAAGGCCAUCCAUGGUCGGAUCUUCCAAAACAUGCGGUCGCCGUUUGCGUGGUGUCAGACACAGCUGCGAUGGAGGACUGAUGGAGGUCUGUGUGAGCCCCGGCGCAUUGGCCAGCUGGCAUAUGACAGAAGUGAAGAUUUUGCUUUCCUGUCCCUCGCUGAGGACCGUCACCCCCAGAAGGCGAGCAGCCAGCAUGACAUGCUGCGACACGCGUGAAUACUCAUUCAUUCUCUGUGCAUUUCUUCAUUCAGCCGCUCAGCUGCCAUCAUGGCAGAAACGCUGCAGGGCGUGGGCAAACGCCUCUCGCUUCUUCAUCGACCCGUGAGGUGUGUGCGUGCGAGUAGAGGAAGUCGCUCUCUGCUCUGCGACUCCCCUGUUUGUUUGUGUGUUUCCUUUUCUGCAGUGGCGUGCGAUCCCCACAGGCGGCUUGCAGUGAUGCGUUGGCUGCUCCAGUGGUGGACGUCUCGCUUCUUCUACCGACGAGUUUCCGAUAGCCAGCAGGAUGACUCUAUCACUCGGCCACUGUCGGUGGUCACGGCUCAAGAAAGCGCUGAUCAAGGGCUCCCUGCUGACGUCUUUGCCCGUGUGGUCAUCCCCUUUCUGCCCGUUGACGAUGCCGUGCGGCUCCGGGCGGUCGGCAAGGCUUACGGCACUCGGCUGAUCAAUGAGGAGUUUCUACUUCGUCGCAUCAGCAGCUCCCUCGCCCAGCAGCAGCUCACCGGCCUCAUUGUUGUGGAGAGGGACCGCGGCGUCGACCCCUGGUUCCGUCCCCUCCCACCAUCCCUCUCGCGAUUUGGGUAUCUCGCUCGCUGUGCGUACGUCAUCGAGCAGGCGGCUGAGUGGCGGAUGAUGGCCGCAUUUAUCAAGGUGGCAGGUGUCUGCGGUGUGGGUCGCCCACUGCCCCUGGUACUCUCGGCUGAGAGAGUGGCGGCUCACCUUCCCGACAAGGCCAGCUUCCAUCGGCUGCCCGCUGCCGUGGCCGUCUACAAGAUAUUUGGUCUGUUGGGCAUUGGCCAGCUGGAGCUCAGGGAGGGCGGCAGAUGUGAGACUGACGUCUGUUUCGUGCCUUCCCGUCUGCUAGUUGGAGACAUGUCUGCGGCCAUUUUCGCCCUCUACCUGCUGGCGUAUGGCUGGAUCGUCCUGAGCAUCCCGCUGUUUCUUCUUCCUGACACGCGCAACGGCCCGCAUGGUGUCUGGUUCAUCGUGCGCUGCCUCGCUGCCUGGGGGGCUGCUGCUGUGUUCGUUACGCUCUUCUACCCUGUGGCGGAACUUUGCGGAUGGUUGCUCGCAUUCUGGCUGCACAAGAGGAGGAGGGUGGUGCAGUGGUAUGAUCUCGGCGAAAGGCGAUUCCGCAUCAUCGAGCGUGACGAGCUGUGGCAGCUCGUCCCAUUCGUUCGGCCCAAUCGCCACACUGACCGACCCAUCAGCACGCCCAAUGAUUAUUGCGUGUAUCGCUCCUUCAGCGGCUUUACCCUCGACUCGCUGCUGCAGAUGCACGAUGUUCGUUCCCGCAUGAGGGUCGCUCUUGACGUUACGGUGCGGCGGCGCUGUCCGUGUUGGGAACCGGAACCCGAUGGGACUCUGCCGACUGAAUUCUCCACCCGUGAACCCGACCUGUCCGUCAUAACGUGGUGCGAGGCCAUGUGGGGCAAGGGCCGAAAUCACUUGGCUAUGCUGCCGUGUGCGUGAUGGUGCUGUUGCUGAAUGGUGGGUCUGUGGUGGCCGCCGUGUCUGUCAUCCACAGGCGUAUUGUGGUCAGGACGACCGAGGCGGAGGUGGCCGGUUGGGUUACGAUCGACGAGCGGUUCCCUAUCACGGUCGCUCGUGUGCGGCAGCUGCUGAGGCGACUCGGGCUCGAGAAUGAUGUCAUUGGCCCACCGCCAUGAUUGAAUGGAUUUGUGACAUCCUGUGAUGAGAAUCUCUAGGAGAUCGGAC